GUUCACCGCAGAGCGGAGGCUGAGCGAGGGGUCACCUUGGACGUGGCCAAGCAGCAGCAGAAGGAUGUUGAGGAGUCUUUGUCCAAGGCCAUCGCCGAGUAUGAGCGCCUCGACAAACUGCUGGACGACGCGGGGACGGAGGUCGCGCGCCUGGAGAAGGAACUUGACGUGGCGUUUGGGCCGUUCAAAGCCAAGGCAGAAGAGCUUCGGGAGCGGCAGAAGCAGCAGAAGGCCAGGCUCGCGGCCAAGAAGAGGAAGAACGAGUGGGACCAGCAGGACCAGCAG